UACACCUGUUUGGCAGGUACUGCUGGGUACGGUGAGGGCAGGCGGAGCGAAAUAGACGUAAAUGGAAAGUAACAGAAGUUUUGGCCCACCCUGGACUUUUUUUCUUUUUACACUUGCGUGAAUCCGUUUUUGCCCAUUAAAAUGCGUCGCCUGCUCCGUGGAAAUGUCGCCCUUCGUGUGUUUUUGUUGCUGUAUUUGCUCAGCUGUUUCGGCCUUUCCCUAGUCUCCUGUAUCACAGUGAACACUCCAGCAGAGCUACAUGCAUCUAAGGGGGACACCGUCACGUUGUCCUGCACAUUCACUUCCACAAGUAGGCCAACGAGUAAGAUGUCUGUCGACUGGUCUUACAGGCCCCAGAGUGGAGGUCCGCCGCAGGCAUUUUUUCACUUCUCUUCACGGGCGUUCCCUCCAUCCGACGGUCAGUUUGGUAAUCGCAUCCGGUGGCAGGGCGCCCCGGCCCGCGGGGACGCCUCCAUCUCUCUGCUCAACGCCACACUGAACGACAACGGGACCUAUACAUGCUCAGUCAGAAACCCUCCCGAUGUCCACGGCUCCCCCUCUUCACACACUGUGCUCACUGUGACACCGCUGGCGCCCUCCAUUCGCUUCUCUGAUGUCGCGGUCCUCCUCGCUUUCGUCCUCCUCCCCUCUGCCAUCGUCACCAUCGUUCUGAUUGGGCGGAUGCUCUGUCCUAAGAAACGGCGCGACCAAUCAAAGUCCCACAGGUCACCCAUAGAGGUCACAGAGGGAGAGGAAUAUGUCCACCAGCCAGAAGUAAAGAGGGCCACAUGCUGUGACAUAUAUCUGAUGGAAUCAGACGAUGAGGCCGAGUACUACCUAAAAAAGAGGCCUCCCAUGGAUGAAGGGUAUGCUGAAUCUCAGUUCUAGAGAACCCUGGUGGUCAGCAGUUGUCACUGCAACCUCUAGACCUACCGCUGUCACAUAAUGGGACAUACUCAUUGUAAAUCAAUGCAGGACAUAUGUCUUCUUUACCACAACUGAACACUCACCCAAUUCUUCUGUUGAUGGAGUUUACUUUUUUGUGGUGACCCCUUCUGGAAAUACUCCAGCAUUACAUUUAACGGAAUGAGAUGCAAAUAAGUAGAUUUACUUUUUAGCCUACAAGUUCAUCCAAUAAACGUAUACUGUUGUGAUACCACUGAGCUUGAGAGGAAAAAAAGUGGAAUCUAAAUUCCUCAGGCUGUGUGGAUAUUUGCAUUUUAUUCUGUCUGCACAAUAACACCAUAGCUGGUACUGUUCAGUCAGGCACAGAAUGAAUUUGUUCAUGCGAAGCCAAACCAGCACUAUGUAUAUUUUUGUAUCUCGAUGAUUUACAAGUGUCGCUUUCUUAUUGUGAAGAAGAUGGAUGAAUUUUGUGUAAUUUAUUGCCCAUGGCAGAGUAUUAUGUCUGUCUUUGUUGUAGUGGAACAUUUCUGUUAACAUUUGGAGAGAAAAUAAACGGUUUGCUUUUGAACAUUA